AUGUUUGACUGCGGUGACAACGAAGACGUAUCGAGAAGAGACCGAGGUAACAUUCUCAGAUUACACAAUAAAUUGAGAAUGCGACUGGCUACUGGAGAAGAGAAGGACAGAAGUGGCAGAUAUAUGCCAAAAGCUAAAAAUAUGUCAAAAUUUAUGGCUUGGGCUAAAACUACACAAGUUGGUUGUGCUACAUGCGCCAAGUAUGAUGAUGGAAUGCCUUUUAUUUAUCUUCGAUGCCAGUAUUAUCCGAAAGGUGUAUUCAGUAACCAAAAAAUCUAUGAUACCGGUGAACCCUGUACUGGUUGUCAAAAUGGUACUUACUGCCGAAGAAAAGCACUUUGUGGUGAAAAGUAA